UCGAACCCCAAUUGUUUCUUCGCCCACGAGCGGAGCUGCUCGCCCGAGCCUUCUGAGGUGCUCAUACUGGAUCUAUGACAGGGAGGUCUGGAAACCACGGCUCUGCUGCUAGCGCUGGGAAGAGAGGAAGAACGCGUCGACGUGGUUGAACACACGACGCGACGUGAUUUAAAUGGCGCGUACGGAUAUCCCACGGCCUGAUCAGGCAUUGUCCGACAUACCCUGAUUGGACGGCGCGCCCGACGCGUUCGAGUCACGGUCCCGCCCGGUCCCGCCGUUGCCGCCUGCACCACGUUUCAUGUGCAACUCGUCUCAUCGCACAAAUGGCGAUCGCUUCAAAUCCUCUGGAAUGCCCGUUCCGCGAGAGCUGCGCUCGCCGAUCGUCAACGACAGCCCGGUAAAUGCAGGUCAAGCUGCGCAUCAAAUCCACAUAUCACGAUCUUCGAAAGCCCAACAGCUGUAGGCUUGUGGAAGCAUGACUGUGCACAUAUACUUAGCCCCUCGUGCGUCUGUUCUCUUUCCUGUGAAGCAGGGAUCACGGAGCUACUGACCAUUAAAGGAUGGCGUUCAAGCAUGAGCGCCGCCAACGAGUGAUCAAACGCUCGGCUGAUCGUAUGCAGCAAUUGAAAGGAUGAUACAGCCACGCUGCCUACCCUUCUGUUGAUCCGUGCGCAGUGCCAUGUACAUACGAGUGACGCUUGUGCGCACGCAUCGAUAGAAUGCACCUGGCUCAACUAGGCCCACGCUUGAACGGAGGAAGGUAAGGAACAAAGUCGAAGAUGGUGCUUACUUUCCUUAGUCCAUCACAUAUCACUGCCAUUAAUGCCGCAAGUCUUCCGUGCUUCUGUUUUACGCAUGUGGGGUCACAUGGUCACAGCUCUAUUGCUUUCUUGUGUGCGAAGGAUUCCUUUUUUAAGCACUGAUGGACAGCCGCUAUCAUAACGUCAACUCGGUAGGAUAGUGGAAGCACGACGCUAGAUAGGACAGCUUCUUACCGCUGUUGAAACGACGAAAAGGAUUCGGAUUUUGUGCGUCGUUGUCUCUUUUCAUUCUAUUCCUGUGCCGAGCGUUUGAUAAUGUGGAGCAUAAUCAGUGUGUCAUGUACUCAGAGGCACUCUGUGCACCCGAAUCUACUUGACUCCAGAGCC